AUGGCGGGCUGCGCGGCGCGGGCUCCGCCGGGCUCCGAGGCGCGCCUCAGCCUCGCCGCCUUCCUGCUGGGCGCCUUGGUGCUUGCGCUGCCGCUGCUCACGCGCGCCGGCCUGCAGGACCACACCGGGCUGGCACUCUAUGUGGCCGGGCUCAGCGCACUGCUGCUGCUGCUCUACCGGCCUCCGCGCUACCAGAGAGCCGUCCGAGCCUGUUUCCUUGGCUUUGUGUUUGGCUGUGGAGUGCUGCUAAGUUUUAGCCAGUCUUCUGGGAAUCACUUUGGCUGGUAUAUGUGCUCCCUGUCAUUGUUCCACUAUUCUGAGUACUUAGUCACAGCAGUCAAUAAUCCCAAGAGUCUGUCCUUGGAUUCCUUUCUCCUGAAUCACAGUGUGGAGUAUACAGUAGCAGCUCUUUCUUCUUGGAUAGAGUUCACACUUGAAAAUAUCUUCUGGCCAGAACUGAAGCAGAUCACCUGGCUCAGCGCCACAGGGCUGCUGAUGGUGGUCUUUGGAGAGCGUCUGAGGAAAGCGGCGAUGUCUACAGCUGGUUCCAGUUUCAACCACGUGGUGCAGAAUGAAAAGUCAGAAACCCACCCUCUGGUGACAAGCGGAGUAUACGCUUGGUUCCGGCAUCCUUCUUACGUUGGGUGGUUUUACUGGAGUAUCGGAACCCAGGUGGUGCUGUGUAACCCCAUCUGCGGCGUGAGCUACACUCUGACAGUGUGGUGCUUCUUCCGCGACCGGACAGAGGAGGAGGAGAUCUCGCUGAUUCACUUUUUUGGAGACGAGUACCUGGAGUAUAAGAAGCGGGUGCCCACGGGCCUGCCUUUCAUAAAGGGGGUCAAGGUGGAACUAUGAUAGGCCCGGGCAGCCCAGGCCAGGCCGGGAGGCCUCCCACUCCAGGCAGUGUGGGACGGACCUGCUUCCUGUUGGCCACUCUGCAGAAAGGACUUUCUUAAAUCAUUUUGUAUGUCACCAGUUACUCUUCUGGAAUAUCACUCAAGAUCAAAUGGUCAGAAGGCCUUAGGACCAAAGGACCCCCCCCUCCCACCCCCACUCCCACCUCCCCCCUGCCCCGGAGCAGCCUGUUCUCGGGCUGCAUCAAGGUAGGAUGUAGAUUAAAGGUGGACAAGAAGCAAAUAACAGCAGUACUUGGCAGU